GGGAUUUCUACUUUGCUCGGCGUGUCCCACCGUCUCAAGCCAGACGAGCCGGUGCUGGUGAAGCAGACGGCGCGUCUAAGGCCGCUAAGGCAGUUGCAGGGGUAGUUCCAGCAAGCAAACCAACGGCCUUGAACGGCAUCUACCACUGGCGAAGAGAGCGCGAUGAUGCAGAGAAAAUAGAGAUGGCUUUAGCGGAAGGAGAAGUAGCGAUGUUUUCAGAACCGCACUCGCGGUUGACGUGGGAAGUGAAUCCAACACCAGCGCACAUUAUGGAUUUAGAUUUCUCUUCCUGCAUUAUAUUCCGAAUCGACUGAUGAUGAUCAUGAUGACAUUAAUAAUGUUGAUAAUGAUCUUGUUUUGAUUUAGUCUUGAAAUAGGAACGAAUAGACGGUACAACUACAGAUCAUGUAGCAUCAUUCUUUUCUAAAAAAGCUUUUGCUACCUGAACGAAGCUGUUAGAGUUGUACAACAACUGCUAAUAAAUUGAGAAUUUAUUAAGUCAAUCUUCUAUUAUACCCCAUGGUGCGCAUGCUCAUCAUGACUGGGUACACUACUAGUACUAGUCUCUCUAACCUCAACCUCACUGGCGAGAAGAUGACCAUUGUGGAUUUCUACAAGGGGCACGCCGUUUUCGAGGUUUGUGAUCCGGCCGUUCAGAAUGCACUUUCCAUUGGAGUAGUCGCCAUGGACGACCAAUUCGUAGCCCACGAGAGUCUCCGAGCCAGAAAAGAACCAGCGAAACUACGCUAUCUAUCUUAUGGUCACCGGCUAUUCAUUUAUUUCAUGCAAUAAGGGGUUAGUAGUUAUAGUGUUCUCAAUUUUCAAUCCUCCAAAGUUUACAUCCCCAACAUCUUGGUGAGCACCCUUUUCGCAUGCAAUAGAAGGGCACCUAGGUCGGUCCCAAGAUGGGGGAACUGAGGCGAAUUUAGCGCCGCACUCAUCUAAGUAUCAAGAUGUCCGCCAGUUGGCUAUCAGAAACAGGUGAUGGCAGAAGAAGCAGCCGCCGCGGCUCACGCAGCUAUGCUGGCAGCCAGACGAGGGCCAAGAGGGCUGCCGAACCUCACCGGACCAGGCGCUUUUGCUGUUCGACGACAGUUCAUCCGCUCAGUGAGUUGUGGUCUCGAGUUUGUCGCGAUGGUGGAGGGGGAAAAUCGAUUGUACGUAGUAGGUUGCAAUGAUUACGGUCAGUGUGGGGUAGAUCCAGGAGUCAACUUUUCGCACAACAUAAAGGAACCAAACUUGCUAAAGUGGGACAUGGAAGGACCGCUGCCACAAGGAGGACGAGUCGUGAAGGAAAGGUAGUUGGCAAAGACGAUUAGAUCAUUUAGUAGAAGUUGUAGAAGUAGAAGUUCUUGGAAAAGGAAAAAUAAAAGAGAUCAUAGCAGAAAAUACUGUUCUAGAUAAGCGACAGCGAGAUGCUUGAAUGUUAAAGAAAAUCAAACUGCAAUUCCCACACCAACAGGCCACCCGGACGUAUCGAGCAACUGGUGACGGGUGCGGAGUUUGGCGCUGUGCUUGUGUAUCCAGGAAAUCACAUCUUUACCUGGGGUCGAGGACAACGCGGGCAACUAGGGAACGGAAGCUACAGUCAUCGAUUCUGUGCGACGCAGAUAACAAACAGUAGUCCGGGAAGUGCGAGUGGCCUACCAUUAAGGCCUUGUAAGUACAGUUGAGUAGGUAACAGUAA